GUAGGAACCACUGUAUGUGGUGAGGUCUGAUGUUGAUGUGGGUGUGGGGUUAACCUCAGCCCUAUGAGCCGAUAAGAUAAGAGCUCGGUCCAAGCGUCGUCUCUAAAUUUUUGACUUGCGAACUUUCAACUUUAGCUUUCGACUCCUCGUACAUCUCGCCUCCACAUCUGCACCCAAGUGACGUUCCGACUCUGUACUGCAUUGAAAUCGCCGUAAACUUUAGAAACGCGCCCAAACACUCACCACUCACCCUUGACACAUCCACAUAAACUCAUCUCAACAUGAUCCGCAAACAGGCCAGAGAACGAAGAGACUACCUCUACCGCCGCGCCCUCACACUCCGCGACGCCGAACUCGCCUCGAAGCGCGCAUCCCUCAAAGCCUCCCUCGCCUCAGGGAAACCCCUCACCAAAGACGUCGCGGACGACGAGUCCUUGCGCCAGGACUUCAAGUACGACGAAUCACGCGCCGACCGGACUGUGGAGGAAGAACUGGGCCUGGACGAUGAAUACGCGCAAUUAAGUGGCGUCGUAGACCCCAGAGUGCUCGUCACGACGAGUCGAGACCCGUCGUCACGGCUGGGCACAUUCGCAAAGGAGAUCCGACUACUGCUGCCAACGAGCGUGCGGCUGAAUCGCGGUAACCUCAUUCUGCAGAAUCUGGUCGGAAGCGCACAGUCGUCUGGUCUGAGCGAUAUUGUGAUGGUGCAUGAGCAUCGAGGUACACCGACGGCGUUGACGGUGUCGCAUUUCCCGCAUGGGCCGACGGCGAGCUUCUCGCUUCAUAAUGUUGUGCUACGCGCGGAUAUCCCGAAUAGCUCCAGAGGAACCGUCUCGGAAAGCUAUCCACAUCUUAUAUUCGAGGGCUUUACGAGUAAGCUUGGGCUUCGCGUCGUGCAGGUCUUGAAGCACCUUUUUCCACCGCGAGAGAGCACGGCGAAGGUUGGGAAUCGCGUUGUGACCUUCAAAAACAUAGAAGACACAAUCGAAGUACGACACCACGUCUUUGUCAAAACCGGGUACCAGGCCGUUGAACUUGCGGAAGUCGGGCCGCGCAUGAGCAUGAGGUUGUUUGAGAUUAGGGCUGGCACGUUGGACAAUAAGGAGGGCGAUGUCGAGUGGCAUUUGAAUCAAUACACUCGGACGGGGCGGAAGAAGGAGUACUUGUGAGGGAGUGGAGGGGUGGCGUGCUGGGUAUGGAGAGAAGGUUCUGCAAAUGGGGUAUCACAGUGUAUGGGGGAGAGGUGUUAUGUCGACAAGAGCAUGAUGCACGAGAUUGUGCGGCACGCAACGAGUGUUCGGGAUUCGACUCGCAUGAAAAUAGCGAAAUGCUUCGAGAGAACGAUCAUAUGACGGAUCAUCUAGUUCGCAUUGGCGUCACUAGCACGCUGACUGACCAUGUGUCAAAAUGACAAUUCAAACUCUUUAUCACGCAGUCUUCUCAUGUCGUUU